GCAACAUGGCGUCGACGUGAGCGCGAGGCCGCAAGCGCCCGGAGCCAAGUGGCCGCCUCCUCGCGCCCGAGCCGCCGGCGCUGCGGAGGACGGGGAGCCGAGCCGAGGAGGGGAGGAUGGAGGAAGAAACUUCCAGGCCCAGCCCAGACAGGGCGGCCACUGCCCAGCCCAGCUCCAACGGGACAGACAAAGAGGCGGCCGCGUUAGCCCCCGCCGGGGCAGCCACCAGUGCCUCUGGUCAUUGUGCAACCACCUCCAUGGAGGAAGAGCCAGGCCCUGAGACCGCAGCUACGCCCCCGGGGUGGGACCGUGGGGGCCCCGGAGGACCACAGCAGGGUGGCUCCUCCGCCCCAGACCCCGGCCCCAGCCCUGGCCCGACCGGCACAGCUCCUGGGACCAGCGAGGAUCUGCGGCCUCCCAGACGGCGUCCGGCUCCAGGAAAGCACAUCACUUGCUCCAGCCCCAGCUGCUGCCUCAGUUUCCCCAGCGUCCGAGAGCUGGCCCAGCAUCUCCGCACCCACUGCCCACCCACACAGUCCUUGGAAGGCAAGCUGUUCCACUGCGCGGCGCUGAGCUGCACCGAGAGCUUCCAGAACAUGCAGGAGCUGGUGGCGCACAGCAAGCUGCACUAUAAACCCAACCGCUACUUUAAGUGUGAAAACUGCCUCCUGCGUUUCCGCACGCAUCGCUCCCUCUUCAAGCACCUGCACGUAUGCGCCGAGCACGCGCAGAGUCCCGCCACGCCAGCACCCCCGGCCCUGGACAAGGAACCCCCGGCACCCGAGCGGCCCCCAGACCCUGACCCUGCAUCGGCCCCGGGCUCGCAGUUCCCGCUGCUCGAGCCCUUCACGACCCCCGCCCCGACCCCCAGCGGACCCUUCCUGCCCUACUUGAACCCUGCGCCCUACGGGCCAAGCCCCCCACGCCUGCGGCCCUUCCUGGCUGCAGCACCGGGGCCACCGGCCUCCAGCGCUGCCGUCUGGAAAAAAAGCCAAGGUGCAGGCGGCAGCCCCCGAAGACCACAGGGCGGCUCCGAUGCGCCCUCAGGGCACACGGCCCCGAGCCGCAUCGUGUGGGAGCACACGCGAGGCCGCUACUCGUGCAUGCAAUGCGCCUUCUCCACGGCCUCGCGUCCCGCCAUGACCCUGCACCUGGAGGACCACCGACCCGGAGGAGGCGGCCCCGACGCCCCGACGCCCGGGCCGCGCCCCGACGCCCCCGCGGACCCGGCCCUGCUCGCACCCAACGCGUCGCCGCUGCCUGUGUCAGAAGGGGAGCUUGCCGCCUUCUCCUCUCUUUGAUCCCGGCCGAGAUGGAGGGGAUGGGGAGGGGGGGCGGGUGGCAGGAUUGGGGAGUUUUGUAAU